AUGAGAUCGGCAGAGACUCCGUCUUCGCCCGCCUUCCCUGCCUUGGACCCCAUCAUCAUGGACGACGAGAUGGAGUCGACUUUCCGCAACGUGAAUAUGGAUUUCCUCGACCCCUCCAAAUUGGACAUGCCCUCCGACUCGGCUGGAGGCGACUUCGACGAUCUCUUCUCCCAUGUCACCCAUCACUCCGGAUCAAACGGUUCUCAAGAGUCGUUCAAACACUAUCAGCAUCAACACCCCCUGAGGAAGCAGCCGGUAGUGGCUGCGGACUCUCCCGCCGAAUCUCCCGACGCUUCAAGCCGCAGCUCCUCUUCGGAAUCACCGCGAAACCAUUUGCGUCACGCUUCUAUUGCGUCCUCCAACUCUGCGGCCCAUAGCGAGAAUCGAAUGGUCUCAAAUGGAUUCACAACGGAUGACUGGAUGCGCCCCGACCUCUCAUCGGUUAAAGAGGAAUCGCCAUUCACGAUAGAACCUUCAUACCCGGUAAAUGGGGAUAUUUCCAUGGAUCACCCAGACUUGGAGUUCAGCAACAAGGCCAUGGAUGCGGCCUUUGACUUUGAAAGUGCCGCCAGCAGUCCCAGUCCGCUGAAGAUGGAAACUUCAACCCAGAUCAACGGACAUAAGAUGGCCAAGGCGGCGAAACCUUGGAAGAGUUCCGAUGCAUCAUCCGUUCCCACGUCUGCAUCGAAGGAAGCGCACUCGGCUCCCUCGGUUCCUCGAGGUGAUACACCCAUGUACGCUUUCGGCUAUGACUUGAGAGAGCAUACACCCUUCGCAAAUCAGUUCACAAAUGGCCGAGAUGAGCUGCCUGCGACUCAGUGGAAUGGCCAGUCCCCGUCUUCUCUGUUGGAGGAAAGCUUCGGCGGCAUCAACAUGAAUGGACAGUCUCCCAUGAAUACAUCGAUGUCUCCAAAUGUGAACUUUGGCUCGCCGCAUUCAUUUCCAUUCCCGGGAAAUCUCGCCUCAUCACAGGCCCCAUCACAGGCCCAGCCUCAACAGGCGGACGUUCCGAAGAACAAGAAGCCUGUAUUGACCGUACAUCCUACGUCUCUCAAGUCCCGUGUGGAAACACAAAUUCCGAUCCGAUUGACUCUUUCGCCGCUACCAACCGGCGUCAAGAAGUUGCGCCUGCCUUCAUACACCAUUUCCAAACUCAAAUUUCUCGCCCCUCCUUCGACCGAAACCUCCGCAGACACGCUGCAACUCUACACCAGCUUGGUUUGCACUAGUGCCAUGCAAGACCGAGAGAAGCUCAGGCGAGCUUUCGCACGCACCAGAGGUGAAAGAAAAUUGAGCGGCGGCAGCGAUCAAGAUGAAGAGCGUCCCUUGGAUGGCGGAGAUGUCAAGAUCUGCGCUGGCUGCAUUCAAAGAGAGCGGAAACGAGCCUCACGAAAGAAGCAGCGAAAGCCAGAGGAGGAUGAGCUGUUUCAAAAAGACGAAGAAAAACGAGUCAUUGUUUUCAACACGAGCGAAAUCAAGGAGUGGACCGAGCCACCAAAGCCAUCUGCCACUGGUCAUGGUGAAACGCCACCGACACCUCCGGGCGCGAUGCAGGUUGAACUCCCAAUGCGGAUUGCCUGUUACUGUAGGCAUCAGAACGAGAAACUCGGCUUUCAGGUCAUAUUCACCAUCAAGGAUCAUCUGAACAACGUCGUGGCGCAGGCGAUAACCAAUUCAAUCAUGAUUACUGAUGAUCACAAGACUCAGGCACCUUCAGCUCCUCCGAUGACUGCACCCUCCUCAGUAUCAGACGGGAAUCAAAUGCCUGGUGUCACUGUCUUUUCUUCGGGUGAGAAUAGCAAACAGGGAAUAGGCGCCUUUGGCUCUCCACAAUCACCCACGGAUCUACAGGGCCUCCAGCAGAGAUUCAACUCCCAGUACCAGCUCACGCCAAGCUCAUUUGCUGCCGCGCACAAUAUGUCCAAUAGCGUUCAGUCCUCAUCUCAGACUCCUCGGAGUCUAUCCCGACAGACGUCCCCAACGGACUUCCAAGGCCCCUCAACAAAGCGACGAAAGCACAGCAACUCGGGUCGAUUGCCCUCUGAGCUGACAAUGACUCGCAUGGAAGGCGGCCAGAUAUCAAGCGCGAGUAUGGGCAAUGUCGCACAUCUCGCUGCUGGCCGGGGCUUCGCUUCGCCUACCGAGAGGCCAUUCGUGGCGCCCUCGUCAAUGGCUGGGCAAUUAGGCAGUGGACUUCCUACGCCCACUCACAAUACUGAAAACAACCCGUUCUUCAACCCCACGCCUGCACAGCGGCAAAGUCUAGACCAUCUAGCGCAGCAAAAUCUGGUCUCCGCACCCAACUCUGCCCAGCCCAGUCGUCCCGGGACCCCUGGUGGGUCUGGGCGCAACGCCUUCCAGGAACAGAAUUUGGCGCUUGCGCUGGGUGCGACGUCUGCAAAUCAAAUCUGGCCUUCUCUCACAACCACUCCCGCACGUCUUCCUUCCGUGAUCCACAAAUUGGUGCCUGCCGAGGGUUCCAUCACAGGAGGCACUGAGGUCACGUUGCUGGGAAGUGGCUUUUACCCUGGCAUGGAAGUUGUGUUUGGAGAUACUCUGGCAACUACCACCACCUUCUGGGGGGACAAGUGUCUCAAUUGCCUUACGCCUCCAGCCCUCCAGCCCGGACUGGUCGCAGUGGUCUUCAAACACGAACAUCCAACGUUUGGACAGGUCCAGCAACCUCAGCCGCUUAUGCCUAAGCAGCAGCUGUUCUUCCGGUACGUGGACGAUCGAGAGCUGCAGAUGUACCGCUUGGCCCUCAACAUCCUCGGGCAGAAAUUGGGAAGCCAGGCGGAUGCCUUCCAGACCGCUCAGCAAAUCAUGGGAGGCGAUCCGAAUGCUAUCUUCAACAUGCAGAAGGAUAUGUCAGGAGCUGGGAACCCUGGCGGUCACCAACGUCAGGUGCCCGGGCACGAGUCCCAAGGCAAGCUUAGCGAUCUUGACUCGAAGAUGCUUACUUACCUCGAGUACAUCGAUCUGGAUGACAAUCCUCGUCCGCCACGCUACAACUCCCGCAGCGCUACUGGGCAGACUCUUCUUCAUCUCGCUGCUUCGCUCGGCUUGACUAGAUUUGUUGCAGGUCUCUUGGCUCGUGGGGCCAAUCCCGAUAUUCAGGACCAGACUGGCAACACACCCAUGCAUCUCGCUGCUCUGCACGGCCAUGCUCACUUGAUCAAUCGACUUCGCCUGGCGGGGGCUAAUGCCAAUGCCCGUAGCGUGCGUGGGUUCACGCCUGCGGAUCUGGCGACAAAUCUUCCCGCGCACCAGGCUGCUCUACUACCUUCGCGUCAUUACCGCUCCCGGAGCGUUGGUUCCAUUACAACUCGACGCAGACAGAGCAGCUCCGCCUCGCUCAGCUCCCUCUGGGGAACCUCGUCGUCAUCAGGAUCAUUGGACCACACUGUUGAUGACUUUGACCAAACCGACGAUAGUGAGGACGUCGAUAGCGAAGACUCCGAUACGCCUCUGUAUCUCAGUCGCUCUCGUCGUUCAAGCGUGCACCAAGAUGCUAUGCCAGCUGAUGUGGAUGCUGCUGAGCAACCUGCUGCACCUGAUGCCCGGGGUUUCUCAACAGCCGCAAUCGUCGCCUGGAGAAACCAUCUUGCGGCUCAAAUCAAUCAGUUCCAGCAGAGUGUCGCGAGUGCAUUCCCCAAUAUCCCUGCUCUACCGCCUAUGCCCGCUAUGCCCACGAUGCCGGCCAUGCCAGCCAUGCCAGACUACCAAGCCAAUCAGGUGAUGCGUCGAAUCACUAACUUGGUACCCCACCGUCCUACUGCGCGAGACGGAUGGUGGGAUCUACUGAAGGGUAACACUGCUGUACAGUCUCAAAACCAGCCGCCUUCAUACGAUGAGUUGUAUCCUCAUCAACAGGAUGUUGCCGAGGCGAUUGACAUGAAGAAAUCAUCGCUUUUGCAUGCUGCUGCCGAGGCAGCCCUGGACCAACAUUUCGAAGCCCAAGACAGGGUUCCCGUCGCCUCAUCAUCCACAGUUGCAGCCAGCACUGGGCAGAACUCUAACUCGACAAAGGAUGAUCUCAAGGACAUCACCAUUGGAAGCAAACUUCUUUCUCGAGAGCAGCAGAAGCAUCUCAGAGAGCACCAGGCUCGCCGCAUGAAGGGUCUCGGCAGUGAUCGAAACCUCUACUUCAUCUGGAUCCCUCUUCUACUUCUGGUCAUGUGUGCUUGGAUUCGUAAUUACGUGCCCGGAAUUUGGCAAGGCGUCACUGAUGCCUAUCACUUUGUGAAAUCCCGCUACGCACAGCAGGCUGUGACAGCAGGCAUCUAA